UUGACGCGGAGACGCUCAGCAUCUGUACCAAACGAUGAAGCUUUUGCCUGUUUCAACGAUAUAUUAAGGGAUUUAAAAAAAAAAGCAAUCAUAAAGGCAGCAGACACCAUGUAUGGUUUUGUGAAUCACGCCCUGGAGCUCCUCGUUUUAAGGAAUUACGGGCCGGAGGUGUGGGAAGACAUCAAGAGGGAGGCUCAGCUUGAUAUCGAGGGCCAGUUCCUUGUUAGAAUCAUAUAUGAAGAUGCCAAAACAUAUGAUCUUGUUGCAGCUGCCAGUAAAGUCCUAAAGGUUGAUGCUGGAGAGAUCUUGCAAAUGUUUGGGAAGAUGUUUUUUGAAUUUUGCCAAGAGUCAGGAUAUGACACCAUUUUGCGAGUGCUGGGUUCAAAUGUUCGGGAAUUUCUUCAGAAUCUGGAUGCACUGCAUGAUCAUCUGGGUACCAUUUAUCCCGGGAUGAGAGCCCCCUCGUUUCGCUGCACCGAUGCAGAAAAGGGAAAUAACCUGAUUCUUCAUUACUACUCGGAGAGAGAAGGCUUGCAAGAUAUUGUGAUUGGGAUCAUUAAAACUGUCGCUCAACAAAUCCACGGAACGGAGAUAGAGAUGAAGGUGAUCCAACCAAAAAGUGAGGAGUGCGACCACAUCAAGUUUCUGAUCGAGGAGAAGGACUCUGAGGAGGAGGCGUUCUAUGAAGAUCUGGACGGCUUUGAGGAGAACGGCACUCAGGAGACUCGUAUCAGUCCCUACACGUUCUGCAAAGCCUUCCCAUUUCACCUCAUGUUUGACAAGGACCUGAUGCUCACACAGUGUGGGAAUGCCAUAUGUCGAGUCUUACCUCAGCUCCAGCCUGGUGCCUGUAUCCUCCCUUCAGUCUUCUCAUUGGUCCGUCCUCACAUUGACUUCAGCUUUCAUGGCAUCCUUUCUCACAUCAACACCGUCUUUGUCCUUCGGAGCAAGGAGGGCCUGCUUAAUGUGGAAACCGUAGAGAAUGAGGACGAGCUCACGGGGGUGGAGAUCAGCUGUCUGAGAUUGAAAGGGCAGAUGAUUUAUUUGCCAGAGGCAGAGAAUAUUCUUUUUCUUUGCUCACCCAGUGUUAUGAAUCUGGAUGAUCUCACACGGAGGGGCCUAUACCUAAGUGACAUCCCGCUGCAUGACGCCACGCGUGACCUGGUACUGCUUGGGGAGCAGUUUCGUGAGGAGUACAAGCUGACCCAAGAGCUGGAAAUCCUGACGGAUCGUCUCCAGCACACACUCCGGGCCCUGGAAGAUGAAAAAAAGAAAACUGACAGAUUGCUGUAUUCUGUCUUGCCACCAUCUGUUGCAAAUGAGCUGCGACACAAACGCCCAGUCCCAGCGAAGCGCUACGACAACGUGACCAUCCUGUUCAGCGGCAUCGUGGGAUUCAAUGCUUUCUGCAGCAAGCACGCUUCAGCCGAGGGCGCCAUCAAGAUAGUCAACCUGCUCAAUGAUGUUUAUACACGUUUUGACAUCUUGACAGACUCACGGAAGAACCCUUAUGUAUACAAGGUGGAGACAGUGGGUGAUAAGUAUAUGACGGUGAGCGGUCUGCCGGAGCCGUGCACGCACCACGCCAAAUCAAUCUGCCAUCUUGCUCUCGACAUGAUGGAGAUCGCUGGACAAGUCAAAGUGGAUGAUGAACCAGUGCAGAUCACUAUCGGGAUCCACACAGGAGAAGUUGUGACUGGGGUGAUUGGCCAGAGGAUGCCCAGAUAUUGCCUUUUCGGAAAUACCGUCAAUCUCACAAGUCGCACUGAAACGACUGGUGAAAAAGGGAAAAUUAACGUCUCAGAAUACACUUACAGGUGUUUGCAGUCUGCCGAGAAUGCUGACCCUCAGUUUCAUUUGGAGUACCGCGGCCCCGUCACCAUGAAAGGAAAGAAGGAGCCCAUGAAGGUGUGGUUUCUCUCUCGGAAGAGCAACACAGACACCAGCGCCGUCAAAGCUUAACUACUCAACACUGGAGCACUCUCGAGUAUCUGCUCGUUAAAAAAACUUCUGUUUGUUACAUUCUUGUGACAUUUUAAAGAGAUAAUGAAAUAGAGAUGAAUUAUAAAGUGAUUAUGGAUCUAAAGUUGCUGAUAUUUUAAUGCAGUAACAAAAACAACUGUUUCAAUGCGUACUUGAUCCUGUACUGAUUUCCCUUCAUUUUUGGGCUUAUCCAAUGAUUGUGCAGUAUUUUAUGAAUUGUAGAUGUAAGUUUAAAACAUUUUGACAAACCAGUGAAACAUAAACGACAACUACGUGAGACUAUAACACUAAAGCUUUUGAUAAGUAAAACAUUUUUUGUGGUGUGUUUAUGUUGUCUGACACAAUCAGAAGUAUAGAUAAUUUAAAAAUGGCUAAAAGAAGCUAAUGUAGUUUUGAUAAUAAAAUACUUUUUUUAAACACAGUAUUAAUUAUUAUAUUCACCUUUAAGAAUCAUAAUGACAAAACCCAUUGAAGUCAGAAUCAUAACUUACGUAAAAAAGUAUCAUGACUCAAUAGGAGGUUUUUCUGGCUCUUUGUUGGACUUUAUUCAACUUUUUUUCUUUAUUCAAGUUUUUACACUUAAUUGUAUUGGUAUCAAAACUAUAACAAGGAAUUAGAAAUUGCAGAAACUGUAUUUAUAUUAAAUAUACUUAAACCACUGUGGACACCAGCUCGGUUAAACAAUUUGCAGUUAAAGUUAAGUAAGUAAAGUUAAUGAAAAAGUUAACUAUAAUAAUUAAUUAGCAAAGCUGUAUUAUUAUAUAUUCAUCACUGAGCUAUUUAUAAGAUGCCCUAAAAUGCACUCUGAUCAUAUGUAUUUAUUGCACCCUGAGACUCGCUGCUCAACUAUUUUAUGAAAAGAAAACUAUUUUAUAGUGCUUUUUUUAGUUAUACUGUAUUUUAUAGUCUUAGAUUCAUACAUAUUUAUUGUUCUUUUUUAUUUUACUUUGUAUUUAUUCUUUCAUUCAUAAACUAUAGUGUUUCUGAUGUUAUGAACACCUUUAAAAACUAACAAACAUUAAACUUUAU